UCUUAAAAUGUCCUCAUUUAUUUGAAACCUUUAAUGUCUUUUCACCUUAACAUUUCUCUAUCACACCAGAAAUCGACACGCAUUCAUUGAAUCUUAUCCUCCUUCAAUUCCUCACCGCCUCACUCUCUGAAAUGCCUAGGAAAUAAAGCGCCUCAGUUCUCUGACGGGCAUAAUAUAGUGAGACACAGGAUAGGGUGAAGAAAAAUGGGUCAGUACUCUCCACUCACUGUGACACGCACACGACAACACAGAAGAAAAAUCUGUUGAAACCCACAACAAUAAGAGUUAAUGAUCUUUAUUGCUGUGAACUACCCAAUCAGAUAAAUGUACAUCUGUUUUCUUCCAUUAUGAGUAGGGACAUUAAUUUUGUUAAUAUCCCACCUCAAAAGUGAAAAGCACAUGUUAUGAGCACUCAUAUAAAUUCAUUCUAGUAGUCUCACCCUCUCAUUUCAGAACAAACAAAAAUGGCACAGAAGGCAUUUGGAUGGGCAGCUAGAGAUACUUCUGGCAUUCUCUCACCCUUCCAAUUUUCCAGAAGGGGAAAUGGAGAGAAAGAUGUAACAUUUAAGGUGUUGUACUGUGGAAUAUGCCACACAGACUUGCACAUGGUCAAGAAUGACUGGGGCAUCUCCGCUUAUCCUGUCGUACCUGGGCAUGAGAUUGUUGGAGUAGUAACAGAGGUGGGAAGCAAAGUGGAAAAGUUCAAAAUUGGUGACAAAGUUGGGGUGGGAUGCUUGGUGGGAUCUUGUCGUUCAUGCGAGGAUUGCACCAACGACCUAGAGAACUACUGCGCCAAGAUGGUACUCACCUAUGGUGGCGCCAAGUACUUCGACGGAACCACCACUUAUGGCGGCUACUCCGAUCUCAUGGUGGCCGAUGAGCAUUUCAUCGUUCUGGUUCCUAACAACAUUGCCCUUGAUGCCGCUGCUCCUCUCCUCUGUGCUGGCAUUACAGUUUAUAGCCCUUUGAAAUAUUAUGGUCUUGAUAAACCAGGUGUCCAUGUUGGCAUAGUUGGUCUAGGUGGCCUAGGACACGUGGCAGUCAAGUUUGCCAAGGCUAUGGGAGCUAAGGUUACUGUGAUUAGUACCUCUCCUAACAAGAAGGAUGAAGCUAUACAACGUCUUGGUGCUGAUUCUUUUUUGGUCAGCAGUGACCAAGCUCAGAUCAAGGCUGCUACGAGCACCAUGGAUGGCAUCAUUGACACUGUUUCUGCCUUCCAUCCUCUGCUGCCUUUGAUCGGUCUUUUAAAAACUCAUGGAAAGCUGGUUAUGGUUGGUGCUCCUGACAAAGCACUCGAAUUGCCAAUUUUACCGUUGAUAUUUGGAAGAAAGGCUGUGGUUGGAAGUUGCGUAGGAGGAAUGAAGGAAACACAAGAGAUGAUUGAUUUUGCAGCCAAGCACAAUAUAACACCAGACAUUGAGGUUGUUCCCAUGAAUUAUGUUAACACUGCUCUACAGCGUCUUGCUAAAGGAGAUGUUAGAUAUCGCUUUGUUAUUGAUAUAGGAAACACAUUGAACUCUACCAUGUAAGACCAAGACACCAUGUUAUCAAAAAAUGACUAAGAGACCAUGCAAUUUCCUUCGUUCUUUUUCCCCCUUUAUUGUAACUUCAUACAAUAAUAAUAAUCAGUUGAUUGGUCCUGAAAAA